GUUCCGCAGGGACCCAAAGGCGGAGCCAAGAGGCUAAUGGCGGCGUCCAUGAGACCCGCGGAAGGGGUAGUUAAGGAGGCCGCGGCGGAAGAGGACCCGCGAGUUUUGGAACCUGGGGCUGCCCCCUUCGGAAAUUUCCCUCAUUAUUCUCGCUUCCAUCCUCCAGAGCAACGGCUCCGCCUCCUGCCCCCGGAGCUGCUUCGACGGCUCUUCCCUCCUCAGAGUCCCGAGACGAGGCCGAUCCUGGGGCUCGACGUUGGGUGUAACUCCGGGGAUCUGAGUGUGGCUCUAUACAAACACUUCCUUUCCCUACAUGAUGGGGAGACCUGCUUAGAUGCCUCAAGAGAACUCCGUCUCCUCUGCUGUGACAUAGAUCCAGUCUUGGUGGAGCGAGCUGAAAAAGAAUGUCCUUUUCCUGAUGCCUUGACCUUUAUCACCCUGGACUUCAUGAAUCAAAGGACCCGCAAAGUUCUUUUGAACUCUUUCUUAAGCCAAUUUGGACGUUCAGUUUUUGACAUUGGUUUCUGCAUGUCAGUGACCAUGUGGAUUCAUCUAAACCAUGGGGAUCAUGGCCUGUGGGAGUUCCUGGCCCAUCUUUCCUCCCUAUGCCGCUAUCUCCUUGUGGAGCCCCAGCCUUGGAAGUGUUACCGGGCAGCUGCAAGGCGUCUCCGAAAGCUGGGACUCCAUGAUUUCGACCACUUCCAUUCCCUUGCCAUCCGAGGUGAUAUGGCCAAUCAGAUUGUGCAGAUCUUGACCCAGGACCAUGGCAUGGAAUUAGUAUGUUGCUUUGGCAACACUAGUUGGGACCGAAGCCUUCUGCUCUUUAGGACAAAACAAACUACAGAGACUCUUCCAAUCCCUGAAUCACUGACAGAAGAGGGGAAAGAAAAGAACAGAUUAAGAUUCUGAAGGCAGAGAGAUGGGAGAGCAGGAAGACGAGGAAAGAAAUAUUGAAAGAGUUUUAUAUUGAGAAUCAGGAUCACUCUCCUUAACUAUUUAACAUAAUCAGGCAGCCUUAAAACCUGGCAGAAACUUUUGGCAAAAUGUGGAAGGUGUCUGUCAGGAAGGGCUGUGUUAAGUCAUCUACCCUCCAAUCCAUUCUCUGCCUUGCAGCCACAGUUUACUCAUCUGUGCAAUUGAAAUAUACAUAACACCACCAUCCUUUUCCUGUCUCCAAAUAAGCUAAAGGAUGUGAAAGUAUUUUGUGGAAUAUAGAAUGUUAGACAAAAAUAGGGUGUUACUAUACUCUGUAAGCAUGCCACAGAUCACAGCUAUGGUUGUUAGACCAAAGGCUUAUGAGAAAAACAUUUCAUCUUGUAGAAAACAUCCAUUUUAUAGCCUCUAAUAAUUUUUUAGGAUGAGGAAUUUAAAAAGUUCAGCUUCAGUGCUACAGUGUUUUAAAGGAAACAAUGUCGGGAGGGAGAGAUAUGGAGCCAAUUGAAAGGAGGCCAGUUUAUGAUGGUCUCAGAGUGAUCCCAGUGGUUACAGAGCUGAUUUACCCACUUCUCUUUAGAUCUUAAUUUAGGAACACUUUGAAACCUUGUGACCCUGCUGGGUUCUCCUACCACCUUUCACCAAUGCAGUGCAAAGAAAUGUGUGUGGGGCUGUGGUAGGCCAAUAGUACCCUAACAUGUCCACAUCCUAAUCUCUGGAACCUGUGAAUGUUACUGUAGAUAGUAAAAGGAACUUUGCAGAUGUAAUUAAGCAUUAAGGAUCUUGAGACGGGAAUUAACUUGGAUAAUCAGAAUGGACACUAAUAUAAUCAUAUCUUUAUGAGAGGGAGGCAGGCAGAGGGAGAGAUUUGACACACAGUAGAUGUAAUAACUGAAGCAGAGCUUGGAGCAAUGUGAGGAAGGGCUGCAAACUAAGAAAUGCAGGUAGUUUCCAGAACUUAAAAAAGGCAAGGAAAUAUGUUCUCCCUGGGAGCCUCCAGAAGGAAUUCAA